CCCCCCGUCGUCUUUUUUUAACGAACGAACGGCGUUGGUUUGCGGCGCCAUAUUGGAACCAUUUUAGGAAACAAAACAGUAAAAAAAUUUGGCCGGUGUAAAAAAAAACCUGCACUUUUUAAACCGACGAUGCUGUACUUGGAGGAUUACCUGGAGAUGAUCGAACAACUUCCCAUGGAUCUCCGCGACAGGUUUACGGAAAUGAGGGAGAUGGACCUGCAAGUACAGAAUGCAAUGGAUCAGUUAGAACAAAGGGUGAAUGAGUUCUUUAUCAAUGCAAAAAAGAACAAGCCAGAAUGGAGAGAGGAACAGAUGGAAGCAAUAAAGAAGGACUACUAUAAAGCCUUGGAAGAUGCUGAUGAAAAAGUCCAGUUAGCAAAUCAAAUUUAUGAUUUGGUGGACAGACAUCUACGUAAAUUAGACCAAGAACUUGCCAAAUUUAAAAUGGAGCUUGAAGCCGAUAAUGCUGGAAUUACAGAAAUAUUAGAAAGGAGAUCUUUGGAAUUGGACAAUCCACCUCAGCCAGUUAAUAACCACCAUGCUCAUUCACACACUCCACUAGAAAAACGGAAAUAUAACCCAUCUACGCAUCAUUCUGUGGACCACAUUCCUGAGAAGAAAUUCAAGUCAGAAGCUCUUUUAUCAACACUUACAUCAGAUGCUUCAAAAGAAAAUACACCAGGGUGCCGUAAUAACAAUUUAACAUCAACAUCUAACAGUGCCUACAAUGUUAAUUCAUCACAGCCCCUCAGCUCAUAUAAUCUAACCUCAUUAUCUCCAGGAGCAGGACCAGGAGCUGUAGCUAUUACAAUGGCAGCAGCCCAGGCUGUUCAAGCCACAGCACAGAUGAAGGAGGGGAGAAGGACAUCCACUAUAAAGGCCACUUAUGAAGCAUUCAAAAACAAUGAUUUUCAGCUUGCACGAGAAUUCUCUAUUUCAAGAGAAUCGACAGGUUAUUCCUCGACACUAGCCUCGACGCUUACACAGACAUUACCUACAUCAGCCACAGAUUCACGCAGUGGUCGAAAAAAUAAAAACAGCAACAAGUCUUCAAAUCACCAGUCAUCGUCAUCGUCUUCGUCAUCAUCAUCCUCUUCAUCGUCAGUAGUAGCACAAGAAAUCCCUCAGCAAACCCCAGCUUUACCAGAGUCUGAUUCUAAUAGUCAAGUCGUGACGUAUGAUCCCAAUGAGCCUCGUUAUUGUAUAUGCAAUCAGGUGUCCUAUGGAGAAAUGGUGGGAUGUGAUAAUCAAGAUUGCCCCAUUGAGUGGUUUCAUUAUGGAUGGGUUGGACUAACAGAAGCUCCAAAAGGAAAAUGGUACUGUCCACAAUGCACUGCAGCAAUGAAGAGGCGUGGCAGUCGCCACAAGUGAAACUCAAAGGCUGAGGAAUUAAUGUGACUGGUGCUUUGUCCAAACAACAAACUUUAAUAAUAACAUUGAAUGGGAGCAACAAAUUACUGCAAUAAGUGACAUUUGUGCAGUACUCUUACAUAAAUGUUCCUGUCUGAGAAUGUAAAGCUUACUGAUGAAAAUUGGAUUUUCAAUUUUUGUUUUAAGACACAGGAUGAUUAAUUAUCAAUCUCUUAUAAAUAUUCUCUUAAUAAUCUAACUGAAGCAAAAAAUCCCAAAUGUAUAGUCAAUAUUUGUUUAAAGAUGCUUUACUUUUGUGUUUAAUUAUUACUUCUGGGAAACUUAAAAGUUCAGCUGGCUGAAGUAA